GAGAAUAUCAACAGAGAGAGAGAGAGAGAGAGAGAGUCCUCCGCCCCUUCCUCUUCGCCAUUUAAGCUGCAAGAAUCUCUACUCCUCCUAGUCUUCCUUCAGUGAGAGAGAGAGAGAGGCACACACAAGUCAACAAGAUGAGUGGCAGCAAACAGAGGCCGUCUAUUCUUGAUAAGUCGCUGAGCCGCGGCAAGACGGAGGUGAGCGCCACAGCCUUUGCCCUGCUGUUCUCCGAGAUGGUCCAGUACUCACACAACAGGGUCCAGAGUGUGGCGGACCUGCACCAGAAGCUCUCGGAACUUGGUCAGCACGUCGGUGUCAGGAUGGUUGAGCUUCUGUUUGUGAGGGAACGGAACUACAAGAGGGAGACCAAGCUACUCAGCACGCUACUGUUUGUUAAAGGGACCAUGUGGAAGUCUCUCUUCGGCAAGGAGGCGGACAAGCUCGACAGGGCAACGGACGAUGAGCGGAUUUUCUACCUGAUCGAGAAGGAGCCGCUGGUCAACCGCUUUGUCUCGGUGCCGCGACAACAAGAGCAACAUCAACCUUGUGCCGCCCGCUUUCGUAGCUGCUGUCAUCCUCUACUGGCUGACUGA